CCGGCGCCGACCGCGCGGCCCGUAGGCUUUAAUCUUGCGCACAAUUGAUAAAUACUCGCACAAUAUAUUUAUAUGAUAUACAUCGCUAAUUUGUCUCACUGUACUCCAGUUUGCUGUGCAGAUCGCGUGUGUUUGUUUUUUUUUUGUAAACAUUACGAGAUUGUAAAGUGUUCUUUUUAUAUUUGCAUGUGUUGUUAGUGUGUUUUAUUCUGGAUUUUUUGAUCGAUAUUUGAAUUUGAAAUCAAGCCCAUUUUGGUAGCUCAGCCAAACCAAGAUGGACGACACAGAAGCCCAGGUACAAGCACAUAAGCUUCUUGGGCAGAAGACCCGGGUUCCUCGACCGCCUGACAAUGGACUUACCAGAGCUUUGCGAUCAUGUUGCGUGAUUCCCCAGCGUUACAUACUCGGAGUUAUGGGCUUGCUAGGGGUGUGCAACGCCUACACGAUGCGGGUGUGUCUCAACCUCGCUAUCACACAGAUGGUCAACCGCACGAAGUCAGGUGGAUCACAUUUCGUCGACCCUGAUGCCUGUCCAAGCGAUGAUCUUAUUAACAACGUUACUUCAGUUGUGGUGGAGAAACCAUACGCAAUCUUCGACUGGGAUGAGAAGACACAAGGGCUCAUACUUAGCGGCUUUUACUACGGAUAUGCAGCGACCCAAGUGCCGGGAGGGUACUUAGCCGAGAAGUUUGGGGGCAAAUGGACCCUCGGUGUGGGUCUCCUAAGUACUGCGGUGUUCACGUUCUUAACACCGGUUGUGAUCAGAGCUGGCGGCGCUACAUGGCUGUUUAUACUGCGUAUUUUGCAAGGAAUGGGAGAGGGUCCCACAAUGCCUGCUCUCAUGAUCAUGUUGGCGAGAUGGGUGCCGCCCCACGAGCGUUCGUUCCAAGGAGCGCUGGUAUUCGGAGGAGCUCAAAUCGGCAACAUCUUUGGGUCUUUUAUGUCCGGUAUACUGCUCGCAGAUGGCAGAGAUUGGGCUUAUGUGUUCUAUUUCUUCGGUGGCUUUGGAAUCUUAUGGUUCUUGUUAUGGAGUCUCUUCUGCUAUAGCACACCCAAUAGUCACCCAUACAUCUCCAAAAAGGAGCUGACGUACUUGAACAACAAUGUGACAACGGCUGAGAACAUCAACGCCAAGGACCCGGUGCCAUGGAAGGCUAUCCUCCGAUCUGCUCCAGUAUGGGCUCUAGUUUGGGCAGCUGUUGGCCACGACUGGGGCUAUUACACGAUGGUGACAGAUCUCCCGAAGUACUCCCACGAUGUUUUGAAGUUCAACAUUGCUACCACGGGUACCCUCACUGCCUUACCUUACAUUGCCAUGUGGGUUAGCUCCUUCCUCUUUGGCCUCGUCUGUGACGUCUGCAUCAAGAAGGGAUGGCAUACUAUCAAGACUGGAAGAAUUAUUCACACAACUAUUGCUGCAACCGGUCCAGCUAUCUGCAUUAUCCUGGCGUCUUAUGCGGGCUGCGACAGAACCGCUGCGAUGGUGUACUUUGUCUUGUCUAUGGCCCUCAUGGGAGGCUUCUACAGUGGAAUGAAGGUAAACGCUUUGGAUUUGGCGCCCAACUACGCUGGAACUCUAACGUCACUUGUGAACACGACGUCAACCUUCGCUGGAAUCAUCACUCCGUACCUAAUCGGUUUACUGACACCUGACUCAACGCUAGCACAAUGGCGAGUAGCGUUCUGGGUAUGCUUCGCAGUGCUGGUAGGCACAAACGUAAUCUACUGCAUUUGGGCUGACGGCAAACAGCAAUGGUGGGAUGACGUCAGACAAUUCGGUUACCCUGAAGGCUGGAAACAUGGCCCAUUAACCAGAGACACCGUAGAACAACCAGAAUCCGUCAGAUUAUCAGACCACAAGGCCAGUUCAUCAUGAUUUAGUAGAAAGAGACAAUACACCCAGUGCAACUAGUCAGUGAUGAAAGAAUAUAAUAAACUAAUAUUUUAUAGUACAACUUACAGUGCCUUAUAAUCUUAAGUUCUCAUGAACGUAAUAAUAGUAUAGACGAAUUUAUAAUCGAAUUGUUUCUUAUAAUAAAUCUCCUUUUUUAAUACUUUU